GAAGAAGCACGCUCGUCGUCUCCACUCUCCUCUUGCGGUAGAGUGUGGCGAGCUAGUCGGGUUUACAUUAACUGUCAUCAGUUUUGAUAGUCGUAGGCUCUUUUCGUACACGGAGAGAAGGCUAUUAUCGCACACCAUGGCGUUAAACCUGAUCAUCAACACUAGCAACCCGCCUUUGGGAGCCCUCCUGACCGCCGAGCAUGUGAAAGGAAGCGUGCAGCUGUCAGUGGAGGAAGGCAAGGACACCCGCCUUCACAUCUCUGAUGCCAUCCAAUUCAGUGACGCAAACUCCAUCAGCCGAUACUUGGCGCGGGUGGCGCCGGCUUUGGGCCUCUAUGGAGCCAACCUGAUGGAGCAGACUGAGGUGGAUCACUGGCUGGAAUUCAGCAGUCGGCGUCUUUGCGGCCAGCCCGAUUUGGGUGCGUCUCUGACUGAGCUGAACAAGGCCCUGUCGCUGAGAACCUUCCUGGUGGGCCACACCCUCACCCUGGCAGAUGUGUCCGUUUGGGCCGCCCUCAAAGGUCACUGUGACUGGCCCAACAAGGGCAAAGACUUCAGCCACGUCAAUCGCUGGUUCUCCUUCCUGAGUUCUCAGGUCCCCUUCACUGCCUUGGACAACAAAUACACCAGCAAGAAAGCUCCACCAACCAAGUCCAAUUCGGAGGGAAAGGAUAAGAAGGCCGACGUUGGAAAGUUUGUGGACUUGCCUCAAGCUGAGAUGGGCAAGGUGGUUGUUCGAUUCCCUCCUGAAGCUAGCGGGUAUUUGCACAUAGGCCACGCUAAGGCCGCUUUGCUCAACCAGCACUACCAGGUCACCUUUAAGGGCCAGCUUAUCAUGCGCUUUGACGACACCAACCCGGAGAAGGAGAAGGAGGACUUUGAAAAGGUGAUCCUGGAGGACGUGGCCAUGCUGCAGAUCAAACCGGACCAGUUCACCUAUACCAGCGACCACUUCAAUGUCAUCAUGCAGCUGGCUGAGCAGCUGAUGGCGGAGGGCAAAGCCUACAUAGAUGAUACGCCUCCUGAGCAAAUGAAGCUGGAGCGGGAGCAACGUACAGAGUCCAAGUGCAGGAAUAACACUUUGGAUCAGAACAUGAAGCUAUGGGCGGAGAUGAAAGCCGGCACAGAGCGUGGUCAGAUGUGCUGUAUGAGAGCCAAGAUUGACAUGAACUCCAACAACGGUUGCAUGCGAGACCCCACGGUGUACCGCUGCAAGAACGCCCCCCACCCUCGCACAGGAAACACCUACAAAGUCUAUCCGACAUACGACUUCGCCUGCCCUAUCGUGGACAGCAGAGAGAAUGUGACGCACGCCCUGAGGACCACCGAAUACCACGACCGUGACGAGCAGUACUAUUGGUUCAUCGACGCGCUGCGCCUCAGGAAGCCGUACAUCUGGGAGUAUUCCCGCCUCAACCUUAACAACACAGUGCUGUCCAAGCGCAAGCUCACGUGGUUUGUGGAGGAGGGAUACGUCGAUGGAUGGGAUGACCCCCGCUUCCCCACAGUCAGAGGGGUGCUGAGGAGAGGCAUGACCGUGGAGGGCCUGAAACAGUUCAUAGCAGCGCAGGGUGGAUCCAGGUCAGUGGUGAACAUGGAGUGGGACAAGAUCUGGGCCUUUAAUAAGAAGGUGAUUGACCCAGUGGCGCCCAGAUACACGGCUCUCUCCAGCUCGUAUGUGGUUCCCGUUUCUGUCCCAGAGGCUGCGGAGGAAGUGAAAGAAGUGGCCAAACAUCCAAAGAAUGCCGAGGUGGGCAUGAAGCAGGUGUGGUACGGACCCCGAGUGUUGGUAGAAGGAGCGGAUGCCGAGACGUUCACGGAGGGUGAGGUGGUCACCUUCAUUAACUGGGGCAACCUCAUCAUCACCAAGAUCAACAAAGGGGCUGACGGUAAGAUCCAGUCCAUGGAGGCACGGCUAGACCUGGACAACAAAGACUACAAGAAGACUACUAAGAUCACCUGGCUAACGGAGUGCGCCGGCACCCCUCUCCUGCCCACCAUCUGCGUCAACUACCAGCCCCUCAUCACCAAAGCGGUCAUCACCAAGGACGACAACUUCAAGGAUUACAUUAACAAAGACAGCAAGAUUGAGGAGAAAAUGCUCGGCGACCCCUGUCUGAAGUCUCUGAAGAAAGGUGACAUCAUUCAACUCCAGAGGCGGGGAUUCUACAUCUGUGACCAGCCCUACGAGCCAGUCAGUCCUAACAGCUGCAAGGAGAGUCCGUGUGUCCUCAUCUACAUUCCUGAUGGUCAUGUCAAGGAGAUGCCCACUGCCGGGUCCAAAGACAAAGACAAGGACAAGGGCAAGAGCCAGGCACCCGCCAACACACAGGCUUCUGCCAAAGCGUCGCCAGCUGCCCCUGCAGCUGCUGCCCCUGCAGCCACCUCCUCUGUCAGAGUUAGUGAGCUCUUCUCGAGCAUCGUCGCGCAGGGUGAAGCUGUCCGCCAGCUGAAGACUGCCAAAGCACCCAAAGAGGAAGUGGACAAGGCGGUGAAGCAGCUUCUUACCCUGAAGGCUCAAUUUAAGGAGCAGACAGGAAUGGACUACAAGCCGGGUAUGUCUCCCCCUGCCUCCGUCCCAGCUCCAGUUUCCUCGUCAGGAGACUCCGCCCUCUGCCCGUAUACACGCGUCUCUCAGCAGGGCGAGCUUGUCAGGAAACUGAAGGCAGAGCAGGCACCGAAGGACCGGAUCGACGAGGCGGUCAAGCAGCUCCUGACGCUCAAGGCCGAGUUUAAAAAGUUGACGGGUCAGGAUUACAAACCUGGGAUGAUCUUGGCUACUGGUUCCACCGCUCCUUCAUCAGCUGUGACCGCCUCUUCCUCCUCCCGCUCCUCUUCCUCCUCCUCCUCCUCUUCCUCUUCUUCUGCUUCAUCCGUCUUGUACGAGCGUGUCGCACAGCAGGGAGAGCUCGUGCGGAAACUCAAGUCGCAAAAAGCACCCAAGGACCAAGUGGACGAUGCGGUCAAGCAACUGCUUGCCCUGAAGGCCGAGUACAAGCAGGCCACCGGCGAGGAGUACAAACCAGGGGCGGCGCCGGCCCAGAAAGCGCCAACUCCAGUUCAGAGCGACGUUGCGUCUGCCGCUGGCCUUUUUGAGAAGGUGGCCCAGCAGGGAGAAUUGGUCAGGACACUGAAGGCCGAAAAGGCCUCCAAGGAUCAAGUGGACGAAGCCGUGAAGACAUUGCUGGACCUGAAGAGCAAAUACAAAACGCUCACCGGGCAGGAGUACAAACCGGUGGCGGCAGCUGGUGGUGAGGACAAGAACCGCAAGGAGAGGGAGAACAAGUCUGAGAAGCAGGGAGGAGGAGGAGGCGGCGCAGGAGGCGCCAAGAAGGGGAAAGGAGACAAGGCAAGUCAGGGGAAGGAUCCGGCCGGAGGAGCUGGAGGAGCGGGAGACGGUCAAGGACCCAAGAAGCAAACGCGUUUGGGACUAGAAGCUAAGAAAGAGGAGAACCUGGCAGACUGGUACUCUCAGGUGAUCACCAAGGCGGAGAUGAUUGAAUACUACGACGUGAGCGGUUGCUAUGUGCUGCGCCCGUGGUCCUUUGCCAUCUGGGAGGCCAUCAAGGACUUCUUUGACCGUGAAAUCAAGAAGCUGGGUGUGGAGAACUGCUACUUCCCCAUGUUCGUCUCACAGGCGGCCCUGGAGAAAGAGAAGACGCACAUUGAGGACUUUGCUCCAGAGGUUGCCUGGGUAACGCGCUCAGGGAAGACAGAGCUGGCAGAACCCAUUGCCGUCAGACCCACCAGCGAGACAGUGAUGUAUCCAGCCUAUGCCAAAUGGGUCCAGUCCCAUCGAGAUCUGCCAAUCAAGCUCAACCAGUGGUGUAACGUCGUGAGAUGGGAGUUCAAACACCCCCAGCCCUUCCUGAGGACUCGUGAGUUCUUGUGGCAGGAAGGCCACACCGCCUUUGCUACCAAAGAGGAGGCCGCUAAAGAGGUGCUUCAGAUCCUGGACCUGUACGCCAGAGUGUAUGAGGAGCUGAUGGCCAUCCCGGUGGUGAAAGGCAGGAAGACUGAGAAGGAGAAGUUUGCAGGAGGCGAUUACACCACCACCGUGGAGGCCUUCAUCUCCGCCAGUGGCCGAGCCAUCCAAGGCGCCACAUCCCACCAUCUCGGUCAGAACUUUUCGAGAAUGUUCGAGAUCACGUUCGAAGACCCAAAGAAGCCUGGCGAGAAGCAGCUGGCCUUCCAAAACUCUUGGGGCCUUACGACCAGGACCAUCGGCGUCCUCACCAUGGUGCACGGAGACAACAGGGGGCUGGUGCUGCCACCCAGAGUGGCCUGCCUUCAGGUUGUCAUCAUUCCAUGCGGAAUCACGGCAUCGCUGGCAGAGCAGGAAAAGGACGCGCUGAUGAACCAGUGCGACACUUACGUCAACAGGCUGCAAGCCGCCGACAUCAGAGUAAAGAGCGACAUCCGGGACAACUACUCACCAGGAUGGAAGUUCAACCACUGGGAGCUUAAGGGCGUUCCCAUCCGUCUGGAAGUGGGCCCGAAGGACAUGCAGCAGCGCCAAUGCGUCGCUGUAAGGAGAGACACCGGCGAGAAAGUAACCAUCCCCGAGGCCGAGGUGGAGAAGAAACUGGCUGCCAUGUUGGAGGACAUUCAGAGCUGCUUGUUCGCUAAAGCGUCAAAUGACCUGAAGAGUCACUUGGUGGCUGCAGACACGAUGGAGCAAUUCCAGAAGGAACUGGACUCCGGCAAGAUUGUCCAGAUCCCGUUCUGUGGUGGCAUGGAGUGCGAAGACUGGAUCAAGAAAACCACUGCCAAGGAUCAGGACCUGGAGCCAGGAGCGCCAUCCAUGGGUGCCAAGAGUCUGUGCAUCCCCUUCUCACCACUCAAGACGCUGCAGCCCGGUCAGCUGUGUGUCUGCGGCAAGGCACCAGCUCAGUACUACACCAUGUUUGGACGUAGCUAUUGAAGAUGCCGUUGUUGUAGCAGUAAAGGGCUCUUUAUUCACUUCCUUUCAUCUACUCCUUUUUGUAUUGUAUCUCCCGUGGGUAGGUUUUCAAUGGCACUUGUAUUCUUACAUCGCUUAGGUAUGUUUUUUUUUUCUUUUUUAAUGAAAAUCAUGUUAUUGGACAAAAGGGUGAGAGAAACCAUGAAACCAUUAAAACUCAAUCACAUGUGAGAGAAAAUAUUCUCCGCCAAAUGAAAUGGUGAAUAAUGAAUAAAUACUGCCAUAUUCAUCAUGGGAAAACAGUCAUGUCAUAAACUCCACCUCUCUCAGGUAAUCUUAAUUUUGGAUUUUUUUUUCCAUCCAGCUCCUUUCUGCGUUGGUUUGCAGUUAAAAAAAAAACAUCGAUCUGCAGCAGCUCAAUUAUGAUGUACAGUUGACUGUGUUACUUUAAAAGCCAGCUGUGUAUCCUCUGGAGUCACAAUUUAAACAACUUGGCGAGAUAAUAAACUUAUUUCUGUGGCAUUUUU